CAGGAAGUUGGUCCGCACCGUAUUACUUCCGGAUGGAACACGGAACAGCACUGUGAACGAUUGUACAGCAGCGGCAGAUCAAACUGUAUUUUAACGUUUCCUAUCUUAAAGAGAUGCAGAGCUAGCGUCUCCAUUCGCGUCAGUUCCGCUGCAACCUUCUGAUUCUGCAGGUCUGUUGAAGCAGAGCGCCAGGUCAUCAUCAUGGGUCUGUUGUCUGACCCGAAUCGCAGAAAAGCCCUGACCAGCCUCCUGACCCGCCUCAACACACCCAUAUGCGUUGUGUGCUACCUGGCGGGAAUAGUGUGGUUCAUGGGUCUGGCGUUCGAGCCCUUCACUCUGCGCACGUACAUGUCGGAGAACGCCAUGGGCUCUACCAUGGUGGAGGAGCGCUUCUCGUCUGGGGAGCGAGCGCUGGGCCUCGCCAAGGAGUUCGACGCUCACAAAAGAAAGGCGGGGGGGAUGCCGGUGGAGUGGUUGGUUAAGAGCAUGCAGGCCAGAGGACUGGAGGUGUUCACUCAGAGCUUCUCCCGCAAGCUGCCCUUCCCUGACGAGAACAAAGAGAGAUACAUGGUUCGAGGCACGAAUGUUUACGGGAUCUUGCGAGCUCCUCGCGCUCCUCGGACAGAAGCUCUGGUCAUCACAGCUCCCUGCAGUCCUGGACACAGCAACAACCAGGCGGUCGGCCUCCUGCUGGCUCUCGCUCAGUAUUUCAGGAACCAGAUUUACUGGGCCAAGGACAUCAUCUUCUUGGUGAACGAGCACGAUCUGAUCGGCACGCAGGCCUGGCUGGAAGGCUACCACCACACCAACAUCACAGGAAUGGAGUACUCGCCGCUGCAGGGUCGCGCCGGGUCGAUUCAAGCCGCGCUCUCAUUGGAGCUCAGCAGUGAUGUCAUCACCAGCCUGGACCUGAUUCUAGAAGGACUCAACGGCCAGCUGCCAAACCUGGACCUGGCCAAUCUCUUCUAUGCCUUCUGUCAGAAGCUAGGAGUCCUGUGCACCAUUCAGGGAAAGCUCCAGAGGAACGACUGGGACACGGCCGAGGGCUACACUCACGCGGCGCAGACCAUGAUGCUGAUGGUGUUGAAACAAGCUUGUGGCCGGUCCUGGGGAGAUCACGGCCUCUUCCUGCGCUAUCACAUCGAAGCCGCUUCCAUUCGAGGAAUCAACAGUUUCAGACACUACAAAAUGGACGCCACUACUACCGGCAGAUUGCUGGAGGGAAUGAUCCGUAAACUCAACAAUCUCCUGGAGCGUCUUCAUCAGUCAUAUUUCUUCUACCUCUUGCCUUCCCUCUCUCGCUUUGUCUCCAUUGGUUAUUACAUGCCGGCAUUUGGCCUCCUGGCUGUCAUCUUACUGCUUCGAGCGCUGGAUCUCUGGGUUCAUCUGGGAUCACCAGCUCUGGCAGCAGUGGAUGGAGUUACUGAAGCAGAGCAACCGUCCAGUCCGGGCGUGUUGACGGUGUUGACCCCGGUGGUGAUCAGUCACCUGACAGGUGUGGCGCUGUACCUGCUUCCUGUUCAUCUGCAGGAAAUGGCUGUGGAGCACUUCCCCGUGUCUGAAACCGAAGCUGUGGUGCUCACCGCCAUAGCCAUCUAUACCGCAGGCCUGGCUCUGCCACACAACACACAGCGGCUGCUGUCUGGAGAGGGCACUGAGCAGGGCUGGAAGGUGCUGAAGCUGACGGCUUUGCUCUAUCUAGCUGUGUUGUUGGGCUGCACGGCCCUUAUUAACUUCUCUCUGGGGUUCAUCUUGGCGGUUACGCUGGUGCCGAUCACCGCCAGCAUCACGCCGCACAUGCCCAAAGUUCUGUGCGCUCUGGCCAUGGUGCUGCUCAGCCCUGCCUUCAGCAUCCUCUACUGCGUCUUCAUCUACCAGGAGCUGGUGGAAGCGCCCGUCGGCCUCGGCGAGGGCUGGAUGCUCUUCCUCUCGGUCAUCUCGCAGGGCAUCCUGGAUCACGCGCUCUACGGCUCGCUCGUGUAUCCGCUCCUAGCCCUCUUCAUUUAUCCCUGCUGGCUAAUGUUCUGGAACAUUCUCUUCUGGAAUUAACUUGUCUCAGAUGGCUUUCUCGGGUAGCUUCGGAUGGAGCCGUUUGCAAAACCAAUCCCGCUUUGUGCCAAUCACGGAGAGUUAUUGUCCACCUGUGGGCGUUAUCUGCCGUUAGGGAUUGGCUGAAGGAAGAUCUAGGAGGAUGUCAGGCCCAGAUAAAGAGGAUUUAAUGGCGAGGCUCCAGCGGGAAGAGUACUCUGGACAAAGUAUUGAGGGUUUGGGUUCUGGGGAAAGGGGUUUGCAUGAAGACAGAGGGAUUACGAUAAGAUCCGAUAUUACCAGAUGUGUGGACUUUUUACAUUUUUCACUGGACACUGGAAGCUUAUUUAAUAUGGUUUGAUACUGAAAAUUGAACAAAAGGAUUGUUUGUUUGCUCAUUUUAAAAUGACAUUACAAAAGACAGAAACAAGACGAGUCUCCAAGACUUAUUUCUUUAAUGAAUUAUAUCCGAAUUAUUACAUUUGUUUCAGGCAACACUGGAUUUAUAUGCUCUGAUUAAGCACAUGGGUAUUAAAUAUAAUUAAAAUGCUUGUUUGUGUGCAUUUAUAAUAAAGCCUUCCUGCCUUCCCUUCAA